CAAACCGCCAACGCUGCAGCCGCGUACAGUGACGCUGAGUCAGAAGAAGACGAAGCAGAGGCGAGAGAAGAAUUGGAAGAAGAAGAAGAAGAAGUCCUCGCGACAAUUGGCACCCGGUUUCAAGGAGGACCUUCCUCUCCGGGAGAGUGACUUUUGUGUGUGUCUAUCCGUCUGUGCCGGGAGGAGUUCGGUAGAGUUUGUUUAAGUGUUGCGGCGAGAGGACGAGCGCGAUAGAGAGAGAGAGAGAGAGAGAGAGGGACAGUGGAAGGAAGGGGAGUGGCGCUCAGCAUUUGCGGUAGAAUGCUGCUGAUGGAAAAGAUGUUGCCACACCUCGGCUACGUGCAACCUGCAUUCCACGUGCUGAGCCAGUUGGCCAGGCCCGUGCCGCUGCCUUUGGGCCAGCAGUUGCCUACUUUGCCAGGCCUUCCGCCCUUUGGCACUCACAGUGGCCUGAAGUUGGGCGGCAUGCCGCCCACCAGCCACGAGAACGGGCCGCGACCGUUGGCGUUCUCCGUCAUGGGUCGUAGUAGCGGCGGCGGCGGUGGAUUCCUGGAGCGGUCAUCCGACCACGGCGCUGGGCUGCCUCCAGGACUCCCUUCGCCCUACGACCGAGACGACGAUAAAGAUCUCGACGACGCAGACGGAGACGCUGCGGCCAAGCGCCGUCGCUCGAGGACGAACUUCAACUCGUGGCAACUGGAGGAACUGGAGAGGGCGUUCGAGGCUUCUCAUUACCCAGACGUCUUCAUGAGAGAGGCUCUCGCCAUGAGGCUCGGACUCACGGAAUCUAGAGUCGCUGUGUGGUUUCAAAACAGAAGAGCCAAGUGGCGUAAAAAAGAACAAACUAGAAAAGGUCCAGGUAGGCCCGCCCACAACGCCCACCCUCAAACUUGUUCCGGAGAACCCAUCCCACCCGAUGAACUGGAGAGAAGGGAGCGCCUGCGUCGAGAGAAGAAAGUCCUGAAGCAGUUGGAACGCCAGCAGAGGAAAUUGGCCCUGAAGGGCGUUCAUGUCACAAUCGAGCAGCUUCGUCAGGAGUACAACAACCAGCACCGUCCAGAACCCGAAAUUGACGUCGUGGGUGUCACGUCUGACUGUGACGACGACGAUGACGAGGGCGCUCACGCGGGAGACUCCUCCUCCUCCAGGGACCCGCCUACGCCAGCGCCUCCUUCACCCAUCAGUCCAGCCACGCCUCCAGCUAAGCGACCAAGACCAUCCACGUUUUCCAUCGCCUCGCUGCUUUCCCUCUCGGAGGCCGGGGAUUCCCCCUCACUGCCCUCGGCUCCCUCGCAGGACGUGACUGUGUCUUUAGUGAGUCUCGGGUCUGGGUCCCCUGGCGUGACCACCACCUCACCUUCAAACAGCCUCACUCAGUGUUCCAGCAGGAGUCAAAAUGACCCUUCUUCGUCGUCCUCCUCCUCCUCCCCAAGACCCUCACCUCCAAGGACACAAGGGUUUCACAUGGGACACGAAUUGGAGGGUCACGGACUUCUUCCCUCCUUACCUCCCUCCAUAAGCAUUAGUGUCCAUAAACCUGCGCCUAUACCCUCUCCGGAGGGGCACUAGCUCAAGGAAGCCUCUUAAUGUUUUCACUUCAAAUUCAUUUCGUCCUUGGUUCAUCAUUUAUGCGCUCUCUCUCCUCCCCUGCCCUGUCCCUUCACACAUCUUUCAUUAUGAAUGGCUACUCCAACAGUCUAAGUAAAAAUAAUCCCUAGGAGUACUCAUUUAUAAUGCCUGAGAAGGCAAGUACUUGAGCGCCACCUUCACGGGUCCGAUGGAAAUAAGCUUUAGCAAGAAUGUCUGUGAGCGUAUAUGAGCGUCGCUGCUGGAUCCUUCACGGAAAAUGUUGUUGAUCAUCUCCUUGUUAGGACAACCGAGGACACUGUCUUUCGCAGUGCAGGUGCAAUCGGCAGUUCUGAGUGGCUGAUGAGUGAAACUUGUUAACCCAACGAUAACAUGGACAAUAAGUGAUAAGAUAAUAUCGUGCCAUCUUCCAGAAUGCCAUUCUUGAUCAGAUUUGCUGCCAAACCCUUUGAUACGCUAUAAAUGUCCUGUCAUGUAAAUAAUGUCUUACCUAAAUGAUUUCUUGAACUUGACCAACAAGUGAUUUCCCUGAAAGAUUCUGCUUUGUAAAUAGCCGGGUAGAUAUGUAGUAUUUUAUUUCGAAAACAGUGUGAUAUUAACUCUGUAAAGUAUGUCACACCUGUGUUACGAGUUGUGUUACCCUUUUGGCAUCCCUAGGCAAUUUUUGUCGGAAAGCAUUAUCAGAAAAUGUGACAAGACAUAACUUAAUGAUUUCCAGUAACAAAGAGAAUCACCUAUAAGAGUUGUGUUGCGUCUUCCACGUAUUAUUCCGAUUGAACAAUUCAUUCAGUCAUAAGCCUAGAUAAAAACACAGGUGUAAAAAUGUGUAAAAUUCCCAGUACGUUUGACGAUUGUGUGUACACUAGUCUGGAACGCAAUGCCUCUGGAGUCUCCACGUCCUAUAGCCUGUUUAUGCCAUAUCUUAUCACAGCAAAAGCAUACCAAAAAGUUCAAUGUGAUAUAACUUCCUUUUUUAUGAGAUGUUUAUAUCCUUCCAUAUUUAAUUUAUUCCCUUCGACUUCUUCCAUUUCCAGAGAGUUCCGAGGUAUAGAUUCUCAAACUUUUCAACAAAGGCUUAUUUUACAUUCAUCUCCAUUAUUUAUUUUCUUCAUGUGGUGCUAUUAUGUUUUAUGAUUUUAUGACUGUCAACUCUUCUCUUCCACAGCAUUCUUUCGAACAAGUAUUCUGCUCUUCCCUCUUACAGAUGAGACAGUCAGUCACUCUCGAUUUCUGUCUCAAAUGAGCUAAAACAGACACGGCGGCUUCCUUUGACCCCAAAACAGUGACAUAACUCGUAACUUGUGACCCCUGUUCGUAUGGUGAAUGUAUACGAGGGUGUUCCCCUGACUAUCCAAAACCGGUGGCGGAUCCAACACGGACCCCCUCUGUGGACGGGAUAUGAACCCCUUCAACGCCCAUCGUUGUAGAAAGUUGUCAUUUUGAUCCAUCCUUGACCGGAAGCGACAAAUCCGACGAGUAAGCGAGAAAAGUGAAGAAGCCUCUGUUCCAGGCAAUUCUGGAGGAUCGUCCGACUGCGGGGAAGGAUCAUAGGACUCCUCCUCUUCCGACCUUCAGGAGGCCCUCCAGAGUUGUUACGGAAGGAGACAGACGGCUGGCCAAACUUAAUUCUAGGUGCUAGAAUGAUUCAUAUUUUAUAGCUAUAUUUUCCUGUCACAAUUAUAAGCACAGAACUCGUUGGCCACUAUUAUAAAACUGUGACAGAAAAUGAGAGAGAUUUUGAAAGCACUCCUUUUCAAUAAAAACAGAGAUGAAGACUUCUAAUGCUUUUAGGCUGGAUUAUAAUGAUCACAAUAUAUGACUAUGUAAUGGAAACAUUGUAUAUUUGUAACCUUAAUUUAAGUCUAAACAGUGUCAUUAGUGGAAUAUCUUCAUAUAAUUAUUGGUGUCAAAUCAGUUAUUUAAACUACGGAAAAACAAUAUAAAAUCUUUUAAAUUGUUCAGGAACAGUAUAAACAAAAUUAACAAACUGACAAUUGCAUACUGUAACACCUCUAGGUUUUAUUCACAUUGAAAGAAUAAUGAACGCUGCUACCUACAUCACAUAAAAACUUCUAGUAACGUCUGAAAUACAGGAUGAAAUAAAAGAAUCAAAUAACGCUUUUAAUUAAGGAGAACGAGAAACUACAAACCUAAAGAAAAUAAUGAAACAGCAAUGAAAUCUUCAAUACUGGAAAUGUGAGCAGUGUACCAACACCUUUAGAUAAACAGAUAUGCACAAAACUGCAGAUCCAAGUACGCAUACACAUCGUACACACACGCAUAUAUAUAUAUAUAUAUAUAUAUAUAUAUAUAUAUAUAUAUAUAUAUAUAUAUAUAUAUAUAUAUAACAUGCAUACAUAAACACACACAACACACAUAGUACAAACAACACUUCAGUUUCAGUGACUGAGACUAAGCUUUCUUGUGGCAACCUGUCGGAGAGCGACAGAAAUGUAAAGCGUUGUAAGUUUUAUAAGGAUAAUUUAUUUGUGUCAUAAUUAUUCCUCAUGAUUGGAUAUAUUUAUGUCCCAGUGUGUAUGAUGUAU